GAUGCCUUACCUCUCUCUCUUUGUUUAAUAAACCUACUGCUCCUUCCUAGCUACAACUUCAUCAUCAUCGAAAUCUCAAAUGGAAUGCCCCAGUCUCGCCAUUUUCUUGCUCCUCCUAGUCCUAGUAGCACCCAUUAAUCAUCAUCAUCCGUAUUUCUCCAUCGUCGUCGUCUCGUCACCAGCAGCUGAUACUGAUAGUUUGAACCGCACCAGUUUCCCGACGGGCUUCGUCUUCGGAGCCGCCUCAAGCGCCUACCAGUAUGAAGGAGCAGCAAAUGUUGAUGGCAGGGGACCAAGCAUAUGGGACACUUUCACUAACAAAUACCCAGGAAGGAUAGAUGAUGGCAGCAACGGAGACAGAGGAGUGGAUUUCUAUUUUCGCUAUAAGGAAGACGUCAAGCUCGUAAAGGACAUGAAUAUGGACGCUUUCAGGAUCUCCAUCUCAUGGUCUAGAGUAUUACCCGCUGGAAGGAUCAGCGGGGGAGUGAAUGAAAAAGGGAUCAUGUUUUACCACCGCCUUAUCGACGAGCUUCUUUCCAACGGUAUUGAGCCUUUUGUGACCAUCCUUCACCUUGAUCUCCCCCAAGCUCUGGAAGAAGAGUACGGUGGCUUCUUAAGUCCGCUCAUUGUGUACGUGACAACCAUAUCGAUCCUGUGUAUAACCAACUUGUCAAAUGUAUAUGUUCUUGAUGUGGCCGCCGGUACGUACGUACGUAUACUUCAGUGAUGAUUACAGGGGAUUCGCGGAGCUCUGUUUUCGAGAGUAUGGUGGGAAAGUGAAGAAGUGGAUUACAAUCAACGAGCCAUGGACGAUGAGCAGCUAUGGUUAUGAUGAAGGGAUUUUCGCCCCCGGUCGAUGUUCACAGUGGGUCAACCCAGCCUGCGAAGCAGGGGACUCUGCUACUGAGCCUUACAUUGUUUCCCAUCACGCCCUCCUUUCCCAUGCCUCUGCCGUCAACCUUUACCGACAGAAAUUCCAACAGUGGCAGAAUGGAGAGAUUGGGAUAGCGCUGAAUUGUUUUUGGAUGGUACCUUACUCUGACUCGAUAGUCGAUCAGGCUGCAGCAAGAAGAGCGGUGGAUUUCAUGUUUGGCUGGCAUAUGGAACCCAUAACCUACGGGAGAUAUCCCAAGAGCAUGGAAGCUAAUGUUGGGGAGAGGUUGCCAAAGUUCACCAAGGAACAGUCGUCGAACCUAAUCGGAUCGUACGAUUUCGUCGGCAUUAACUACUACACUACAUUUUACGCGAUCCAUAACAGCAUUGGAAGCAAGAGUGGGCUCAGGUACAAGACAGAUUCCCUUGCUGAAUGGAGAUCAGAGAAAGAUGGUGUUCCCAUUGGUCCUCAGGGUGCAUCAUUUUGGUUGAAUGUGUAUCCAGAAGGAAUUCGAGAUCUGAUGAAUCACCUCAAACACAAAUACAACAAUCCGCCUGUUUAUAUAACCGAGAAUGGUCUUGAUGAAGUGACACAGGGGAUUACAAUGGAAGAAUCCCUCCAAAAUCCUGAUAGAACACAAUAUAUCAAAGCACAUCUUCACCAACUUCAGAAAGCCAUUGAGGAUGGCGCCAACAUAAGAGGGUAUUUUGCGUGGUCGUUACUCGACAAUUAUGAGUGGUCCAGCGGCUAUACAGUGAGGUUUGGACUUCACUAUGUUGAUUAUCAGAAUGGGAUGAAGCGUGAACCCAAGCACUCUGCCAAAUGGUUUGCAGACUUCCUGCUACAUCCCAACCACACCACCACCACGGACAAACGCCAUCUCUGCCUCAAGCUACAUCACGAAUCAUCGCCAUCUUUCUAACCUGCCAUUCCUGUGUACCCUAGCUUGGACCCUCUGUAAGGUGACUGGUGAAGAGCAAGCAUUCUACAGUUAUAGAAAUGCUCUUUCUUCACAAACAAGAAACAUCAACCAUGCUACAUCAGUACUUUUGUUCAUAAUACGGUGAAUCAAUCAGACGAGUGUGGCAUAUUCUCAUUGCAGUAGGAACAAGAGGCUCAUACAAAUGUCAUACAUAAACGAGCAAACAACCAAGGCACACUUGUAAUAUAUGCGCGCCUGACAAAUUAGAAAAAUACUCGGUACCAAUCUGUGGGAACAAAUACAUCUUUAACAACUAGCCGUUGAGCUCCCUGAAUGGCGAUCUCUCUUCAACAACUGCUCCAUAUCGUUUCAUCAUCGUUGGGGAAGGAAGAUGGUGAUCUUCAUCAAUGUUCUCUUUCCCACCACCGUCUGUUCCUUUUACUCCUUCACUAGAGUCCACGACAAUAUUUUCUAGCAUUUUCAUCAGUUGCAUGUCCUCUGCAGAGAACUCACUAAUUCUGUCACCAACCUGCACGAGAAAAGUCAGCACAUUUUCUCUUUCGGCUGUCAGCUUCAGCACUUCUUCACUCAAACCUCUCUUCUCAUACAUCAGCUCAUCAACCAAUGCUUCUGAAGUUCUCAGCUUUCCCUCCAUUGCUGUCAUUACUUCUCUCAUUUCCAUCAUUUGGGAUUCUAGCUUAUGCUCCAAGCAAUAGAUGUCAGCAGCUGCCAUCUUCUCCUUCAUUUCAGCAUCCUUAAAUCCUCUUUCUUCCACCAUGUGUGUCAACACUGCGCCUUCAAGUUCUCUUCUCAGUGUUUCCUGUUCAUAGAAUUCAAUCUGCCUCUUCAGAUUUUCAGUAAUGUCCACUUGCGAAAGAAGAGAAGCUUCUAACUCUUUCUUUAACAUUUGAUUCUCUUCGAGAUCAUCAUUUAGCCGUUGAGCAAUCGACUUCCAUAUCCACAACUCAAACUCAACUGCAUUUCCCUCGCACAUCUUCACUGCCAAUUCAGAACUCAAACUGUCCAAUGCACCACGGACUUCUUUCAGUUCGUCCUUCAAUCCAUUCUCCUUUAACAUAGCUUCCUUUUGAAGGUCGUGCAGGGAUUUCAGCGACUCCUCCAGCAUUCCCUUGUGCCUCUCUACUUCCUUCUGCAACCCUAGUUUCUGCUCUUCAAGAACGCUGAUAGACUCAAUUCUCUCCCUUUCUUCAGCCAAUUCAGAAGUUGUUUCAUCCAAUGCAUCAGAUAUUUCUCUUAUCAUCUCCUGCAAGUUUGUCUCAGUUUGGAAAGCUUUCUCUUCCAAGCAACGUUGUUGAUUGUAGGAUUCCUCGACCAUUUGCUUUUGUCUCUCGAGCUCCUUCUCUUGCAACAGAAGCUUCUCUUCAACACGAUCGAGGGCCUCGGCCUUUGUAGACAGUGAAACUACCUUCUCACGCUCCUGUACCAAUUCUGAAUUCACCAUGUCUAAUUCAUUGCAGAGUGUCUCAAUUUUCUGCUGCAGAUCUUUUUCUGCCUGCAAAGCUUGUUCCUUGAAAUGGAAAUGGCAUCCGGAUGAUGCCUCGAGCAUCUCCCUGUACCUUGCAACCUCUUUCUCCAGCACAAGCUUCUGCUCUUCGAUAGGGAUGAUGUCCUCGACUCUCAACUGCAAAGACUCAACCUUUCUACGCUCUUCUUCGAUUUCCAUCUGUGCUUUAGCCAAGAUAACAUCCUUCAUCUCCAGCUGCUUCAUCAAGCUAGAAACUUCAUCAACUUUCUCUGUGUUAUGGAUACUAUUAUCAGCUUCAGCCUUUCGUAGGUUGGAUUGAGCCUCAGCUACUCCUGAUUUCAACACCAAUAAUGCUAUGGCAGCCUCCUCAUUCUGCAACUUCAUCUGCAGUAAAGCUGAGCGACAAUUUUCCAGUUCGAUCUCGAGCUCUUUCACCACUGCUUCACUGCUCUCCAGUGCAGACUGGUACUUGGCAACUUCUGCAGUCAAUUUCUCCGCCUGAGAACUCCAUUCAGCUUCUUUAGCCCUGAGAAUCGCAGCACAAUCUCUGUGCACCUGCUCCACACUUCUCAGCUUGUUCUUAAGUUUGGCUAGAGAAGAACCAUUCCCAGCUUCCUGAAUCUGAGCUUCUCGAAGCUCUUUGAGUGACUCCAGCAGCUCUUGAUUCUCUUGCUCGAGCUUUCUUGACUGGUACUCAACUUCUUUCCAACGUGUCUCCUUUGUCAACAGUGAAUGCCUGAGAGCUGCAAUUUCAUUGUCCCUUUGUGCGGUCAAGCAUUCCAGCUGUGACUUUGCAUCCUGGUAGUCAGUAUAAACAUUCUCGAAACGCUUCUUAAAGUCAGAAACCUCAACUUCUAGCGCUUUCCUUUGGCUCUCUUCACGUGCAAGGGCAUGGUUGCACAUCUUCAACUGGCUUUGAAGAUCUUGAGAAAUUCUUGUCUGAGAAUCUAAGCUCUCCUGAAGUGAACAAAUCUCAUCAACUAACUUAGUCUUCUCCUGUUUCCACUCCUUUUCGUUUUCCUUGUACUCAAAUCGAAGCUUCUUGUGCGCCUCUUCUAGGUGCUUGAACUGCUCACUUUUCCACUUGAGCUUCUCUUCAACCUUCAUCUUCUGUUCUUCCAAUGUCAUCAUCACAUCAUCCCUAUCUCUUAGUGCUUUAGCUGCUUUGGCCUGCUUUUCAGCUUCCAAACACUUCUUCUCGGAAGUGGAAAGCAUCCCUUUGAGACCUUCAAUCUCUGCCCUAAGUACAUUGAUCUUCUGCUGUUGAUCUAUAUCCUUCUCAUUUGCCUCGUCUAGAGACGCCAUCAGGUGUCUCUUCUCUUCCUCCCAUUUCUGAAACUUGUCAUCACAGGAAAAUCGAAGCUUGUCGUUUGCUGAGCUCAGCCCUCUCACGAUGGACUCCUUUUCAUUCAACGUGCGUUGAAUCUUUCCCACUUCAUGGGUUAGCUCCUGAAUCUGUCCUUCCUUUGCACUGAUUUCGUGGGUUCGUGACUCGAUCUCUGAUUGUGCUGAUUGAAGCUGGCGGAUUUGAUCAUUGUGAGAUCUCUUCAAGCUGUCAAACGACUGCGAUUUGCUCUUCAAAUCUACUCUCAGCCUCUCGAUUUCUGCUUUGGCUUCAUCCAGUUCUUCACAGAGUCUCUCCAUUUCUUCACUUGUGGCCUGUGGGGGGUUUCUUGCUUUCGAUCGUUCUG